UGAGUCACACAUCGACUCAAUUGACUGCAUAUUUAAGUCAAUCAUAGCUUACGUUAACUCAUAAUCCGUUUGUUAUCGCAAUUAGUUUGAGUGAAAACAUUGGGUAAACAAUGCAGUGAUUGGUCGACACAUACGGCACAAGUAGUGGACAGUUAGGGUGAUUGGCAGCACAUGAAUGACACGAUAGUCACUCAUGGAUUCAAUCCAUUCGUAACCAAAGAAGUGGUCUUUUAUUAGAUUUAAUUGUUUUUAUGUUUGAAAGUAUUUUACCAAAUCUUACCCUCAAUUGUCUUUCACGCAAAUCACACCCCAAUGAGUGAUAUAUUGCGGUCGGCCUUCAAUAACAUCAGUUCCAACGUCUGGUCCAAUGAUCACAACAACGAGUCCACCUAUUCGGACAACCCUUUCGUCGGACAAACCAUUGAUGUGAAGGCAAACAAACUCAGAGUCGAAAGGGUUAUCGCCGAAGGCGGUUUUGGAUUUGUUUUUCGUGUCAGAGAUGUGAAGACAUCGACGGUCUAUGCGUUGAAGCGAUUGAUCGCUUCGGACAAUGAAUCGAAGAAAGAGAUCGAGAAUGAGAUCCAAGUGUUGACACGUCUUCAGCCGCACAAACAUAUAAUGGCAUUCAUUUCGUGGGGAAAAAUCAAUCAAAACAUAUAUCUUCUUCAAUGUGAAUACUGUGGUUGCGGUUCAUUGCAAGACAUUAAGCUACCGGUGGCUAAUCACCAGCAGUUGAACCGAAUUGUAUACCAGACAUGUCUGGCCAUCGAAAGAAUGCAUUCCUUAGGCAUCACUCAUCGAGACUUAAAGAUAGAGAAUAUUUUGUUCGAUAACAACGGGAUCGUCAAGUUAUGUGAUUUCGGUUCGGCGACCACUGAUUCAUAUCUUCCGGAUCUUAAUUGGACACCAAUUCAGAGAUCACUUCUUGAAGACGAGAUGUGUCGACACACCACUCCUAUGUAUAGACCGCCAGAAAUAUUAGAUACUUAUCUCCAUUUGCCAAUCAAUACGGCGAUCGACAUCUGGGCCUUCGGUUGCCUUCUCUUCUGUCUUAAGUUCGGAAGACAUCCCUUCGAAGAUUCGGCGAAACUGCGGAUAAUUAACUGUAACUACAGUUUCCCAAACAACACAUCCGAUUCCGAUUUAAUUGUUCGCAUUAUUAAGUCUUGUAUUAAAGUGGAUCCAAACGAGAGAAUGGCCGCAACGGAUAUAAUAGGAUUAUUAGAAGAGAAUUUUGUUGAUCUGAGCUCUGCGUGCGUUAAUCCUCGUCAGCCGACGCCUACGCAACCGACAAAUCCAGUGAUUGGAGUCCCUGACAAACCCUUACCACAAAUACCCGGUUCAGCACAGCCUUCGUUCAGCUUUUCUGGAUUUACUCGUUAUAUCAAAGACACGUCUAAUAAAGUGAUGCAAACCGUUCAGAAUUCAAUAGCGCGUCAAGACUUGGAUUUGGCUUUUUUGACGAGUCGUUUGAUUGUAAUGUCAUAUCCGGCCGAAGGUCUUGAGUCCGCCUACAGAAACCAUAUCGAAGACGUGAAAGCAUUCCUCGACUCUAAGAAUACUCCAUACAUUGUCGUCAAUAUUAGCGGUCGUUCGUACGGUUACAAUAGGGACGGCUGUCGGCCAUUCAUUGAGAUCUUUAUGAACGGAGACGUAAGGAUUGGUUCGACAGCCAAUGAAUACGAGCGGUUAAGACCCUAUUCCAGGGCUACGGACAGCACUGUUGUCUGGAAUGAGUUGAGCGUUCAGUGCGACUCGAAAGCAGACAUUUUGAUAGUUAUAUCUCACGCGCGAUCGACCAUCAGUUCAAAGAUGUUGCAGUCGAAGAUGACUGCCAUCAGGAUAUCUUCACUUCAAUUCAAUUUGUUUUUUGAGCACAAAGGAGUUGUCGGACAACAUGUUCUUCAGUUUGAUUUGAACUCUUUGGAUGACAUCGAGGAAUCGGAUCGAUAUCCACGAGAUUUCCAGAUAACCAUUGAUUUAGAAUUGCAGACAAAUUACUCGAAUGGAGCGAAAACUUCGGUUAAGUCCAAGAAUUUUGAGGAAUUUGAGGCGAAUUCAGAACCGGAAUGUAUUUUCACUAAUCAUCACGAGUUAGAAGAAUGUCAUGAAAUGUUUGGAUCACAGUGUGAGACCAAACCUGUCAGACCAGAUAGACCUCCUCAACGACCACCGCCUCCAAGAGAAGCCAAUAUAGAGUCACAACAAAAAGUGGUCGAAAAUAACGUGAAUGUUAUCGAAGAAACGGAGCCAAAGACUUGCUUUUUUGAAACCCUUGAGUGGGAGGAAAGCAAUCAAUUAAUUGAUAAAACAGACGACAAUUUGGUUGAAAGUGACGGCAUUGCAGUCGAGAAGGAGAGACCUGCCAAACCUCCUCUCAGUGAUCUGCUUCUCAAUCUUAGUAUCGAUGAAACCACAACUCAAAUGGAGAAUACUGUCCGAAGUAGUAGUGAAUUGCCGACUGAUUUGUUCGGAACAACUGAACCACAGAUAGACUUAUUUGCAGAAACAAAGAUAACUCCCACUAAUGUAGGCAUUGAUUCAAAUGUUAAUCUUUUCGAAGACUUUGACAUCUUGUCAGCCAAUACCACACCUCCCUUACCAUCUUUCGAUCCAAACAACGUGUUGAAGCCGAACGCCGCGGUGUCACCGACUUCGCCCUCAACAGCGGGUCAGACACUGAACAGUGCGCUCCAGAGAAAUACGUCGACCCCUAACUUAACAUUAGAUCCUUUGGCACAAUUGGGUUCAUUCGUUACAUCGACGGUCACAACCAAUGCUAAGCCCAACAACACAUCCAUUCCAAGAGUGGCCUCGUAUUCAACAUUCCAAACGGCGAACAAUCUUCCGAAGCCUGACUACAACCGAAAUAAUUUCAAUGAAGUCAAGCCCACAACUGCUAACUCGUGUAACACUAGAGUAUUGGGCAAUGAAUUUGAAGACCUUUUAGGAGGUUUUAAAGCGACUCAAAGCGAAACGACUAAUAAAAGUAUUUCUCAAAUGAGAAAAGAAGAAAUGCUCAGAGACGGAAACUUUGAUCCAAUGAAACUGAAAGUAAUGGAAUGGAAAGAAGGAAAGACACGAAACAUAAGAGCCCUCCUCUGUUCACUGAAUGUGAUCAUAUGGGAGGGCUGUAAUUGGCAGCCAAUAGGAAUGCAUCAAUUGGUAGCCGCUAAUGAAGUGAAGAAAUUCUACCGCAAGGCCUGUCUGGCCGUACAUCCGGACAAAUUGGUGGGAACAGAACACGAAGAGUUGGCGAAACUUGUUUUCAUGGAAUUAAACGACGCGUGGACUGAGUUUGAAAAGCAAUUACAAUAAUAAUAAUUUUAUCGAUUAAAUUAUUUAAAUCUAUUUAUUCCUUCAUUGAUGACAUUACCUGAGAUUGAGAGACAUUUGACAGAAACUAAUCGUGCUUUUAAUCAAAUGUAUUAUUGAUAGAGACGUUAAAUAUAUCUAUAUUUAGGAUAAUAUUUAAAACAUGCUUUAAUUGAUAAUAUUCUCGAUAUGUUAUACAUAUAGCUAUAAAUACA